CUUUAGGGACAUCUGGGGGCUCAGUUGGUUAAGCGUCAGACUUCGGACUUCGGCUUGGGUCAUGAUCUCUCAGUUGGAGCGUUUGUGUCCCACGUGUCCGGCUCUGGGCGGAGCCUCGAGCUCUGUGCUAAGCCCGGAGCCUGCUUCGGAUUCUGUGUCUCCCUCACUCUCUGCCCCUCCCCUGUUCACACUCUGUCUCUCUCCCCCCCCCCAAAAUAAAUACACAUUAAAAAAUAAUUUUAAAAAAACUUUACUAAAUUAGUAUCAGACCAACUUGCCUUUAAGGCAUAAAGUACUACUUGAGAUCAAAGAACACCAAGAUCUAAAUAACAAACGAUUCCAUCCACCAGGUUUAGGAGGAAAUGUCGGAUACACCGACUCAGGAAGUAAUAAAUACCCCUCCUUUAAGAAUUGCUUUAGACUUUUAAGAAGCUCUUUGGCAUUUAUUUAUGAAGUUCUCACGUCAAACCUGUGAGAUGGUAGAGGAGGCCUUACCACACCCUUUUUGCAGAUGGGAAGCUUGAGGGUCAGAGAAUCGAAGGACUUGCCUCAGGCACACAACUGCAGCACCCAGGUAAGUCACCACCGGUCACCUGCCCGGAGGCCGAGGGCUCUUUGCCCUCCCAUCUCGGGGAGGAGAAAGCAUGAAAUCUGGACUGAGGGUGGAAAGGCAAGGCAGGACUCCCAGGGAACAGCAUGGGCAAAGGUCGCAGGUGGAAAAUGCCGAGAGGGCAGUGGGACCGGGCGUCACGGGGCACUGGAGGAGUGGGGAGGGUGCACUCCGGGCGGGUCCAGCGGUACACGGCCACGGCCAGCUUGGCCCGUCUUCCGCACGCCAGCCACUUGCACGAAGCCACGAGGCUGGAUCUCAGUCCCCGGAUGAGGGGCGGAGCCGAGACUCUGGCGGAGGAGCACGCGCUCCGCUCGUGCCCUGUAGCCCACGCCAUGGGAACCUGCGGCCACGCUCGCGACUCGUGGAACCGCCCGCGCGCCCCCAGGCUCCGCGAGUUCUCUGACGUCCCGCACCUUACCCGCCUGGGUCGUUAGCCCUCGCGGGAGGUCCCCUCCAGGUUCAAACCGGACCAGGCGGAGGACCUGAGGAAGACAGACGCCCGGAGGACGGGUCCCAGAGGCCAGGAGCACUGACCACCGGACCUAUCCGAUGAAACAGGCCAGACCGCUGGCCUUAGUGUGGACCAAGGACGCCUCCGCCUUGGCUUUGCCCUCGAGUCCAUGGAGCUGAGACACGACGCCAGCUGCAAGGAGAAUGUGCCCCCCAGGCCUGCGACGCCCCUGAGGCCAGGCAAGAGGCUUGAGCGACGGAGAUUUCUGAAGAGCAGAGGUGUCGGCCGGGGCAGCGGACAUGGCCGGUGGGUGCGCGAGUGCCCGGCUGAGAGGGAAGGGCCUGCCACCAUACGCUCCCCGGGGGCAGAGCGGCACCAGGAGCCCUGCCGGGUCCAGACCAACCUGGCCGGCCCGAGCCUCAUCCUGAAGGACGCAACUGGCCGGCUGGUGAACUCAGGCUUGCAACAGCAGAGCAACCUGCAGACCCCGGCCGGCAGGCCCCAGGGGAGACCCCGAGAGCUUGUCGUCCAGCAGAGUAACCUGAGCAUAAGGGGGACCAGCUUGGCCGAAGGCAGGAGUCACCUCAGCCCCCGCCUCCGGUCAGAGCUUCUGGACAGCUUCUGGCCCCACCCGAUACCCCAGGGAAGCCCUCUAUCCCGAGCGUCGCUGGCUAACCCACUCACCAGCCUGAGACAGUCCCGGUGGCUGGGCACAGACACCCCCUGCCCAGACGUCCAGCCUGCUGCAGGCUUCGCCUCUCUCAGUGGGCACACACUUCCAGGCUCCGGACCCUGGUGUGUCAUGGGCAACUGGCCCCCUAGGCUCAUGGGGGAGCCCCUCACCCUGGAGGACCUGACUGUCCCAGUCCAGAGCCAGGCUCGGGCCCCAUCCCAGACUGCCAUCCACCAGCUGCUGGCCUCUGUGCGACACCUGGAGCACGAGGUAGCCCGUCUCGGGUGCCGGGCCUCCCAGGAACCCCCAGGCCCUGCUCACCGGGACCCCUGGACCAGCAGUGGCCGGACCCUCCCUGCCCUCCGCCAGCCCGGCCAGCCUGUUCUUGCAUCCUGGGAGGGGAGGGAGAAACCCGUGCGAGGCCUCAGGGAAACUGCGGAUUUCCCAGGGACACAGGGGGCCCAGGCUGGCCUCUCAGAUAGUCGGGCAAGCAGUAAGCCUGCGUCACCGGAGGCCACGCUGAGGAUGCCGACGGGGGAUUUCCUCGACCCUAAGCAGGGGGCCCUUCUGGCCAACCCCGCGAGGCAAGGAGAGAACUUCUCCCCGGGGCCUACAUAUGGCAGCAGGCCGAAGAGGGACCCCCGGCUCCCUCCAGGGGUGGGUAACAGGGAAGCCAGACCCUGCUCUUCAGCUUGCUCCCGUGCUGCCCGGGGCGGCCCACCUGGGCAGGAAGGAAGGGAGGUGGCCCUGCAGGAGCUGGUCAGCAAGGAGGAGGAGAGGACAGCUUCCUGCCCACCAGAUGCAGCCCCAGCAAGGAGCGCCCUGCAGAACAAAGCCCGAAACGUUGGGAGCCUGGAGUCCGGGACGGCCCGAUGUUUCAGAGCCUGGUGGCAUUGGGUGCAGAAGCGGCGGGCCGUGGCUGCGGCGGUGGCCCUGGGCCGCCGGCAGCUGUUGCACAGGGGCCUGCGGGCGCUUCGGUGGGCACUGCGGCUCCGGGAGGCCCAGCUGGAGGUGGCAUGGAAGCGACACACUCAGGCCCUGCUGGCCCAGAGCUUCCGAAAGUGGAGAAACCAGACUCUGCAGCAGAAGCAAGGGCAGCCCCGCGUCCAGGCUGGGCCGGGACCCCCACCGUCUGGGACGGGCCAAGGCCAGAGCCCCUCAGGAAGGGAGCCGGUGGCAGACCCCGCCUGGAGAAGCAGUCCAGGGAGUCAGAGGGAGGAGGCGGGAGCCUGGCCGGGACCAGAUGGAGGCGAUGGAGAAGUACAGAUGCUUCAGGCCUUGCAGCAACUGGCUGGUGAGCCAUGGGCCUGCGGGGGAAGCAGGGGAGAGGGAGCUGAGCCCCCACACUGGGCAGGGCAGGGGGUCCUGAGCGAAGGUUUGCUGAGCAUCUACUCAGACGGCUUUUUGGACAUGAUCUCAUGUGAGCCUUGGGGGACCCGGGCGAGGCACUGUGCCUAGUUUACGGAUGGGGAACUGAGGCACAGAGAAGUUAAGUGGCCACCUAGAGGACAUGCAGUAUGAGAGGCACACGUCCUGCAUUGGUGCCACCGAUGCUAGUUCGGGUCCAGCCCAGGCUUGCAUGGUAGAACCAGAAAGUCCCUCAGCCAUCCCUCACUCACAGGGAAACUGAGGUCCAGAGAUGGGGAGCAACGUGGCCG